AUGAAGAUUGAAUUCGCUCCUCACCACAACCCGUGGGAGAGACGGCUUCAGACGGCUUCAGUGCUUCAGUGGUUCUUCUAUUUUUUCUGCAUGGGUCAGUGCUCCAUUGCCGUCUUCAUCCUCCUCCUCUUCACACGCUUCUGGCUGAUCAGCGCCCUCUAUGCUGUCUGGUGGGCGUUCGACUGGGACACCCCGAGCAAAACUGGGCGGCGCUCCCACCGGAUGCGGAAUUUGGUCAUCUGGCGAUACAUGAAAGAUUAUUUCCCGAUCUCACUGGUGAAGACGGCAGAUUUGGAUCCAUCCAAGGACUACAUCUUCGGCUUUCAUCCUCACGGCAUCUUGCCAGCUGGCGGCUUUAUUAAUUUCUGCACCGAAGCCGCCAGCUUUUCCAAACACUUCCCAGGCCUGAAGCCUCACCUGAUGACGAUGAGUAUGUGUUUCCGAGUCCCCUUUUUCCGGGAUUACGUGAUGAGUUCAGGUUUUAUUCCCUCGGACAAGGAAUCUGUUUCCUAUGUCUUGAGGAAGAAGGAAGGUGGGAAUAUUGUAGUCAUAGUUGUGGGAGGGGCCAAGGAAGCCCUAGAAGCCCGUCCCGGAGCUUACACCCUUGUGUUAGAGAACCGCAAGGGUUUCGUUCGACUGGCCAUAGAGAACAGCACGCCGCUCGUCCCCGUGUUCUCUUUCGGAGAGAAUGAACUGUACGAUCAGGUCGAAAACCCCAAAGGAUCCUGGCUGAGGUGGACACAAGAGCGUUUGCAGAAGAUCAUGGGACUCUCCCUGCCUCUCUUCUACACCAGGGGGAUCUUCCAGUACACCUUUGGGUUUAUUCCAUACCGGAAGCCAAUCUUCAUCGUGGUGGGAAAACCCAUUCAGCUGGUGAAGAAGCACAAUCCAAGCCAGGAUGAAGUUGAUGAGCUCCAUAAGAGAUACCUGGAGGAGCUCUGCAAGCUGUUUGAGGAGCAUAAAUUGAAGUACAACGUGCCAGAAGACACGCAUCUCUCUUUCGUAUGA